CAGCCCCGAGCAGCAGAAGCCGCACAAAGAAAAGGAGUUACAGUGGUUUGACAGGCAGGGGGAGGGAGUUAGGGAGGAAACUCCCUGGAAACUUUGAUUAAUAGAGAAAUAGGAGAGGUGACCCAAUCCUAUCAGACUGCAGUCUUGAGACGACUUGGAGAACUUCUUGGGCUGGCUAGUUGGGGAGAGGACCAGUUCCAGGAUGCUCAAGCUCGUGUGAGGCUUCUUGGGCGCACAGCAUUGCGCACAGAAGUCAAGCAUUCAAGAAAUAAAGUCUAAGAAGGAAGCCCUGGACCUUGGCUUGAGCAAUCCAAGGAACACAGAGGAAGCAAUUCCAUUCAACCAGGAAAUAAAACAAACGUGGACUUAAAAGAUGGCUGAAGAGGAGGACACCAGGGAGGUGCUCUUCCCUGACUGGGAGGGUCCAGACAAAACUGGCCUGACCAUUGAACAGACAACAGAGGGUGAGAUAUUCGUCAAAGAGGUAAAGGAUGAGUCGCCGGCUGCACGAUCUGGGAGAGUGUAUGAAGGUGAUCAGAUCGUGGGUGCAACCAUCUACUUUGACAACAUGAGCUCAGAGGAAACUGCUGAGCUACUCAAGACACUGAAUCGCCACAAAGUUGGACUGAAACUACAAAACAAAUCUCCUCUUCCAUCGCCCUUGAGCACGCCUUGCCGUUCACCAAUGGGAACUUUGACCUGGGACGCAAAACCCCGGUUUGGAGCCACAAGUCCGGACAUUCUCCUAAGUGGCGACGAUGAGGAUUACAAGAGGAUAUACACAAAGAAGAUCAAACCGAGGCUGAAGUCAGAAGAUCUGGCCGAAGGAGUUGACGUACGAACAGAGCGACACAGCAGCACGAGCAGCGAUGGGAGCACAAUCACAACCAUCACUCGCCGCAUCACAACCUACACUGUGGAUAUGCCCGGUGGCAUCAGUGAAGAACACGAGAUUUCAAGCCCAGAACUCAGGGGGCUGAUUCAUGAAUCUGGGGACGGAUCUUCAAUCAGAAUCUCACAUGGCAGUGCUCAAGGUAAAGCUGGAGAUGACGGUGUUUUUGAGUCAAAAAAGGUCUUCUACUCGACGCCACAAAUCGCAGUGACAGAAGAAAGAGAAAAAGGUUUAAGAAUCAAAGGACCUCUCUUUGGCGCCAGUGAGAGCCAGGGAGGGGUGAAAUGUGACAUUUCAAGUGGUAGUGGAGAACUUGGAGAUGUGAAAUACAGGUUGCUAGAAACAAACGUGACACUAAGAGACAAAAUUGAAAGUGGCAGUGGUGUAACUGAGGGCUCAGGGGUUGGAGGAAUUCCCUCAGCCAACAACAACGGUGUGACAAUAAAUUUGUCACCAAAAGGAAAAUCGACACACGGUUUUGUAAGAGACGAAACGCAGGGAACAGAUGGUGAGUUGGGUGGGAGAAAAAUGGUGCAGAUACCUGGGAUUUCAGUGAGUGGGAAACUGACAAAAGGUUCUGCUUCCGAUAUUUAUCCAAGUGUUACAUUGGGUUCACAGUCGAAAGACGUGGAGUACGAAGUGAGUGGCGGCAGGGUAUCAGACUCAGUUACGAUAGAUGACGUUUCAAAAGCAGCAAAAGCAGUCCCAGGCGUAGAUGUGAGUCUUGCUGAUCCAAAUUUGAAAUUCAAGGUAGAGGGGAAAAUGCCUAGCCCAGGGGGAGACGUCAGAACCUCUGGAAUACACAUUAAGGGCAGUGGAAUUAAAAUUGGGUCGGGGGAUGGAGUGUCUGGGGAGGAACAAAGUAUCAAAGAUAAUGCAAAAACAUCUUUGGAUGGAGAAGGUGUUGAUUUCAGAUCAUCCAAGAUGAAGAUGCCAUCACUUUCAAACAGACUUAACAUUGACGUAAAAGUGCCUGACACAGGGAUUGAUGUGCAAGGUCCUGAAUUAGAAGGAAAUGGAGAAGUGUCACUUCCAGCGGCUAAAAUGGAGUCAAAGGUGAAUGUCAAAUUUCCAGGUCGUGAGACAGAUGUGAGAUCUCAAGUUUCGAAAGUAGACAUUGAUGUCAGUGGUCCUGGUGUCACAGGUCCUGACGUGAAAGUCAAUCUUCCACAAGCUCAGAAAGUUGGUGAUGCGAAAUCAACAAAAGUUGACUUCAAGGGACCAGAAUUCAGCACAAAUGGCAUGGUUUCAGGGCCAAAAACAUCCAGUCCACAUGUAAACGUCACAGUGAAAGAACCACAAGUAAAAGGUGAUCUGCCUAGUGCCGAAAUUAAAAUCAAAGCCCCCGACGUUGACCUUGAAGGUGCUGAGGGGAAGUUUAAAAUGCCCAAAAUCAAGAUGCCAGCAAUUGGGAUGAGCAGUGGAAAAGUUGAAAUGCCAGACGUAGACCUUGAUGUGAAAGCACCAAAAGUUGACGUUGAAGUUCCAGAUGUUGACAUUGAAGGCAAAGAUGGGAAAAUCAAAGGCCCCAAAUUUAAGAUGCCGAGCAUUUCAGUGCCCGAUGUAGACUUGCAAGUAAAAGGAUCUAAAGUAAGAGGUGAUGUAGAUGUCUCUCUUCCAAAGGCUGAUGUUGAGUUGCCCAGUGGCAACAUUAAAAUCAAAGCCCCUGACGUUGACAUUGAAGGUCCUGAGGGGAAGGUUAAAAUGCCCAAAAUCAAGAUGCCAGCAUUUGGGGUGAGUGGCGGAAAAGGUGAAGUAGACAUUGAUGUAAAAGCACCAAAAGCCGAAGUUCCAGAUGUUGACAUUGAGGUUCCUGAAGGGAAGUUUAAAAUGCCCAAAAUCAAGAUGCCAGCAAUUGGGGUGAGUGGUGGAAAAGGUGAGAUGCCAGACGUAGACAUUGAUGUGAAAGCACCAAAAGUUGAUGUUGAAGUUCCAGAUGUUGACCUUGAAGGUCCUGAGGGGAAGUUUAAAAUGCCAAAAAUCAAGAUGCCAGCAAUUGGGGUGAGUGGUGGAAAAGUUGAAAUGCCAGACGUAGACCUUGAUGUGAAAGCACCAAAACUUGAUGUUGAAGUUCCAAAUGUUGACCUUGAAGGUCCUGAGGGGAAGUUCAAAAUGCCCAAAAUCAAGAUGCCAGCAAUUGGGGUGAGUGGUGGAAAGGUUGAAAUGCCAGACGUAGACCUUGAUGUGAAAGCACCAAAAGUUGAUGUUGAAGUUCCAAAUGUUGACCUUGAAGGUCCUGAGGGGAAGUUCAAAAUGCCAAAAAUCAAGAUGCCAGCAAUUGGGGUGAGUGGUGGAAAAGUUGAAAUGCCAGACGUAGACCUUGAUGUGAAAGCUCCAAAAGUUGAUGUUGAAGUUCCAGAUAUAGACAUUGAAGGCAAAGGUGGGAAAAUUAAGGGCCCCAAAUUUAAAAUGCCCAGCAUCUCAGUGCCAAAGGUGUCAAUGCCCGAUUUAGACUUGCAAAUGAAAGGACCUAAAGUAGAAGGUGACGUAGAUGUCUCUCUUCCAAAGGCUGAUGUUGAGUUGCCCAGUGGCAACAUUAAAAUCGAAACCCCCGACGUUGACAUUAAAGGUCCUGAGGGAGGUUUUAAAAUGCCCAAAAUCAAGAUGCCAGCAUUUGGGUAUAGUAGUGGAAAAGUUGAAAUGCCAGACGUAGACCUUGAUGUGAAAGCACCAAAACUUGAUGUUGAAGUUCCAAAUGUUGACCUUGAAGGUCCUGAGGGAAAGUUCAAAAUGCCCAAAAUCAAGAUGCCAGCAUUUGGGGUGAGUGGCGGAAAAGGUGAAGUAGACCUUGAUGUAAAAGCACCAAAAUUUGAUGUUGCAAAUGUUGACGUUGAAGGUCCUGAGGGGAAGUUUAAAAUGCCCAAAAUCAAGAUGCCAGCAUUUGGGGCGAGCGGUGGAAAAGUUGAAAUGCCAGACGUAGGCCUUGAUGUGAAAGCACCAAAAGUUGAUGUUGAAGUUCCAGAUGUUGAGCUUGAAGGUCCUGAGGGGAAGUUCAAAAUGCCCAAAAUCAAGAUGCCAGCAAUUGGGGUGAGUGGUGGAAAAGUUGAAAUGCCAGACGUAGACCUUGAUGUGAAAGCACCAAAAGUUGAUGUUGAAGUUCCAGAUGUAGACAUUGAAGGCAAAGGUGGGAAAAUUAAGGGCCCCAAAUUUAAAAUGCCCAGCAUCUCAGUGCCAAAAGUGUCAAUGCCCGAUUUAGACUUGCAAAUGAAAGGACCUAAAGUAGAAGGUGACGGAGAUGUCUCUCUUCCAAAGGCUGAUGUUGAGUUGCCCAGCGGCAACAUUAAAAUCAAAGCCCCCGACGUUGACAUUGAAGGUCCCAAGGGAGGUUUUAAAAUGCCCAAAAUCAAGAUGCCAGCAUUCGGGGCGAGCGGUGGAAAGGUUGAAAUGCCAGACGUAGACCUUGAUGUGAAAGCUCCAAAAGUUGAUGUUGAAGUUCCAGAUGUAGACAUUGACGGCAAAGGUGGGAAAAUUAAGGGCCCCAAAUUUAAGAUGCCCAGCAUUUCAGUGCCCAAGGUGUCAAUGCCCGAUUUAGACUUGCAAAUGAAAGGACCUAAAGUAGAAGGUGACGUAGAUGUCUCUCUUCCAAAGGCUGAUGUUGAGUUGCCCAGUGGCAACAUUAAAAUCAAAGCCCCUGACGUUGACCUUGAAGGUCCUGACGGGAAGUUUAAAAUGCCCAAAAUCAAGAUGCCAGCAUUUGGGGCGAGCGGUGGAAAAGUUGAAAUGCCAGACGUAGACCUUGAUGUGAAAGCUCCAAAAGUUGAUGUUGAAGUUCCAGAUGUAGACAUUGAAGGCAAAGGUGGGAAAAUUAAAGGCCCCAAAUUUAAGAUGCCCAGCAUUUCAGUGCCAAAGGUGUCAAUGGCAGAUUUAGACUUGCAAAUGAAAGGACCUAAAGUAGAAGGUGACGUAGAUGUCUCUCUUCCAAAGGCUGAUGUUGAGUUGCCCAGCGGCAACAUUAAAAUCAAAGCCCCAGACGUUGACAUUGAAGGUCCUGAGGGAGAUUUUAAAAUGCCGAAAAUCAAGAUGCCAUCUAUUGGGCUGAGUAGUGGAAAAGGUGAGAUGCCAGACGUGGACCUUGAUGUGAAAGCACCAAAAGUUGAUGUUGAAGUUCCAGAUGUUGACCUUGAAGGUCCUGAGGGGAAGUUUAAAAUGCCCAAAAUCAAGAUGCCAGCAUUUGGGGCGAGUGGUGGAAAAGUUGAAAUGCCAGACGUAGACCUUGAUGUGAAAGCUCCAAAAGUUGAUGUUGAAGUUCCAGAUGUAGACAUUGAAGGCAAAGGUGGGAAAAUUAAGGGCCCCAAAUUUAAGAUGCCCAGCAUUUCAGUGCCAAAGGUGUCAAUGCCCGAUUUAGACUUGCAAAUGAAAGGACCUAAAGUAGAAGGUGACGUAGAUGUCUCUCUUCCAAAGGCUGAUGUUGAGUUGCCCAGCGGCAACAUUAAAAUCAAAGCCCCCGACGUUGACAUUGAAGGUCCCGAGGGGAAGUUUAAAAUGCCCAAAAUCAAGAUGCCAGCAUUUGGGGCGAGCGGUGGAAAAGUUGAAAUGCCAGACGUGGACCUUGAUGUGAAAGCACCAAAAGUUGAUGUUGAAGUUCCAGAUGUUGACCUUGAAGGUCCUGAGGGGAAGUUCAAAAUGCCCAAAAUCAAGAUGCCAGCAUUUGGGGCGAGUGGUGGAAAGGUUGAAAUGCCAGACGUAGACCUUGAUGUGAAAGCACCAAAAGUUGAUGUCGAAGUUCCAGAUAUAGACAUUGAAGGCAAAGGUGGGAAAAUUAAGGGCCCCAAAUUUAAGAUGCCAAGCAUUUCAGUGCCCAAGGUGUCAAUGCCCGAUUUAGACUUGCAAAUGAAAGGACCUAAAGUAGAAGGUGACGUAGAUGUCUCUCUUCCAAAGGCUGAUGUUGAGUUGCCCAGUGGCAACAUUAAAAUCAAAGCCCCGGACGUUGACUUUGAAAGUCCCGAGGGAGGUUUUAAAAUGCCCAAAAUCAAGAUGCCAUCUUUUGGGUGGAGUAGUGGAAAAGGUGAGAUGCCAGACGUGGACCUUGAUGUGAAAGCACCAAAAGUUGAUGUUGAAGUUCCAGAUGUUGACCUUGAAGGUCCUGAGGGGAAGUUUAAAAUGCCCAAAAUCAAGAUGCCAGCAUUUGGGGCGAGUGGUGGAAAAGUUGAAAUGCCAGACGUAGACCUUGAUGUGAAAGCACCAAAAGUUGAUGUCGAAGUUCCAGAUAUAGACAUUGAAGGCAAAGGUGGGAAAAUUAAGGGCCCCAAAUUUAAGAUGCCAAGCAUUUCAGUGCCCAAGGUGUCAAUGCCAGAUUUAGACUUGCAAAUGAAAGGACCUAAAGUAGAAGGUGACGUAGAUGUCUCUCUUCCAAAGGCUGAUGUUGAGUUGCCCAGUGGCAACAUUAAAAUCAAAGCCCCUGACGUUGACAUUGAAGGUCCAAAGGGAGGUUUUAAAAUGCCCAAAUUCAAGAUGCCAGCAUUUGGGGCGAGCGGUGGAAAAGUUGAAAUGCCAGACGUAGACCUUGAUGUGAAAGCACCAAAAGUUGAUGUUGAAGUUCCAGAUGUUGAGCUUGAAGGUCCUGAGGGGAAGUUUAAAAUGCCCAAAAUCAAAAUGCCAGCAAUUGGGGUGAGUGGUGGAAAAGUUGAAAUACCAGACGUAGACCUUGAUGUGAAACCACCAAAACUUGAUGUUGAAGUUCCAAAUGUUGACCUUGAAGGUCCUGAGGGGAAGUUCAAAAUGCCCAAAAUCAAGAUGCCAGCAUUUGGGGCGAGUGGUGGAAAGGUUGAAAUGCCAGACGUAGACCUUGAUGUGAAAGCACCAAAAGUUGAUGUCGAAGUUCCAGAUAUAGACAUUGAAGGCAAAGGUGGGAAAAUUAAGGGCCCCAAAUUUAAGAUGCCAAGCAUUUCAGUGCCCAAGGUGUCAAUGCCAGAUUUAGACUUGCAAAUGAAAGGACCUAAAGUAGAAGGUGACGUAGAUGUCUCUCUUCCAAAGGCUGAUGUUGAGUUGCCCAGCGGCAACAUUAAAAUCAAAGCCCCUGACGUUGACAUUGAAGGUCCAAAGGGAGGUUUUAAAAUGCCCAAAUUCAAGAUGCCAGCAUUUGGGGCGAGCGGUGGAAAAGUUGAAAUGCCAGACGUAGACCUUGAUGUGAAAGCACCAAAAGUUGAUGUUGAAGUUCCAGAUGUUGACCUUGAAGGUCCUGAGGGGAAGUUUAAAAUGCCCAAAAUCAAGAUGCCAGCAUUUGGGGCGAGCGGUGGAAAAGUUGAAAUGCCAGACGUAGACCUUGAUGUGAAAGCACCAAAAGUUGAUGUCGAAGUUCCAGAUAUAGACAUUGAAGGCAAAGGUGGGAAAAUUAAGGGCCCCAAAUUUAAGAUGCCAAGCAUUUCAGUGCCCAAGGUGUCAAUGCCAGAUUUAGACUUGCAAAUGAAAGGACCUAAAGUAGAAGGUGACGUAGAUGUCUCUCUUCCAAAGGCUGAUGUUGAGUUGCCCAGCGGCAACAUUAAAAUCAAAGCCCCCGACGUUGACAUUGAAGGUCCAAAGGGAGGUUUUAAAAUGCCCAAAUUCAAGAUGCCAGCAUUUGGGGCGAGCGGUGGAAAAGUUGAAAUGCCAGACGUAGACCUUGAUGUGAAAGCACCAAAAGUUGAUGUUGAAGUUCCAGAUGUUGAGCUUGAAGGUCCUGAGGGGAAGUUUAAAAUGCCCAAAAUCAAAAUGCCAGCAAUUGGGGUGAGUGGUGGAAAAGUUGAAAUACCAGACGUAGACCUUGAUGUGAAAGCACCAAAACUUGAUGUUGAAGUUCCAAAUGUUGACCUUGAAGGUCCUGAGGGGAAGUUCAAAAUGCCCAAAAUCAAGAUGCCAGCAUUUGGGGCGAGUGGUGGAAAGGUUGAAAUGCCAGACGUAGACCUUGAUGUGAAAGCACCAAAAGUUGAUGUCGAAGUUCCAGAUAUAGACAUUGAAGGCAAAGGUGGGAAAAUUAAGGGCCCCAAAUUUAAGAUGCCAAGCAUUUCAGUGCCCAAGGUGUCAAUGCCAGAUUUAGACUUGCAAAUGAAAGGACCUAAAGUAGAAGGUGACGUAGAUGUCUCUCUUCCAAAGGCUGAUGUUGAGUUGCCCAGCGGCAACAUUAAAAUCAAAGCCCCGGACGUUGACAUUGAAGGUCCAAAGGGAGGUUUUAAAAUGCCCAAAUUCAAGAUGCCAGCAUUUGGGGCGAGCGGUGGAAAAGUUGAAAUGCCAGACGUAGACCUUGAUGUGAAAGCACCAAAAGUUGAUGUCGAAGUUCCAGAUGUUGAGCUUGAAGGUCCUGAGGGGAAGUUUAAAAUGCCCAAAAUCAAAAUGCCAGCAAUUGGGGUGAGUGGUGGAAAAGUUGAAAUACCAGACGUAGACCUUGAUGUGAAAGCACCAAAACUUGAUGUUGAAGUUCCAAAUGUUGACCUUGAAGGUCCUGAGGGGAAGUUCAAAAUGCCCAAAAUCAAGAUGCCAGCAUUUGGGGCGAGUGGUGGAAAGGUUGAAAUGCCAGACGUAGACCUUGAUGUGAAAGCACCAAAAGUUGAUGUCGAAGUUCCAGAUAUAGACAUUGAAGGCAAAGGUGGGAAAAUUAAGGGCCCCAAAUUUAAGAUGCCAAGCAUUUCAGUGCCCAAGGUGUCAAUGCCAGAUUUAGACUUGCAAAUGAAAGGACCUAAAGUAGAAGGUGACGUAGAUGUCUCUCUUCCAAAGGCUGAUGUUGAGUUGCCCAGCGGCAACAUUAAAAUCAAAGCCCCGGACGUUGACAUUGAAGGUCCAAAGGGAGGUUUUAAAAUGCCCAAAUUCAAGAUGCCAGCAUUUGGGGCGAGCGGUGGAAAAGUUGAAAUGCCAGACGUAGACCUUGAUGUGAAAGCACCAAAAGUUGAUGUUGAAGUUCCAGAUGUUAACCUUGAAGGUCCUGACGGGAAGUUCAAAAUGCCCAAAAUCAAGAUGCCAGCAUUUGGGGCGAGCGGUGGAAAAGUUGAAAUGCCAGACGUAGACCUUGAUGUGAAAGCUCCAAAAGUUGAUGUUGAAGUUCCAGAUGUAGACAUUGAAGGCAAAGGUGGGAAAAUUAAGGGCCCCAAAUUUAAGAUGCCCAGCAUCUCAGUGCCAAAGGUGUCAAUGCCCGAUUUAGACUUUCAAAUGAAAGGACCUAAAGUAGAAGGUGACGUAGAUGUCUCUCUUCCAAAGGCUGAUGUUGAGUUGCCCAGUGGCAACAUUAAAAUCAAAGCCCCAGACGUUGACAUUGAAAGUCCCGAGGGAGGUUUUAAAAUGCCCAAAAUCAAGAUGCCAGCAUUUGGGGCGAGCGGUGGAAAAGUUGAAAUGCCAGACGUGGACCUUGAUGUGAAAGCUCCAAAAGUUGAUGUUGAAGUUCCAGAUGUAGACAUUGAAGGCAAAGGUGGGAAAAUUAAGGGCCCCAAAUUUAAGAUGCCCAGCAUUUCAGUGCCAAAGGUGUCAAUGCCCGAUUUAGAUUUGCAAAUGAAAGGACCUAAAGUAGAAGGUGACGUAGAUGUCUCUCUUCCAAAGGCUGAUGUUGAGUUGCCCAGUGGCAACAUUAAAAUCAAAGCCCCUGACGUUGACCUUGAAGGUCCUGACGGGAAGUUUAAAAUGCCCAAAAUCAAGAUGCCAGCAUUUGGGGCGAGCGGUGGAAAGGUUGAAAUGCCAGACGUAGACCUUGAUGUGAAAGCACCAAAAGUUGAUGUUGAAGUUCCAGAUGUUGAGCUUGAAGGUCCUGAGGGGAAGUUUAAAAUGCCCAAAAUCAAGAUGCCAGCAUUUGGGGCGAGCGGUGGAAAGGUUGAAAUGCCAGACGUAGACCUUGAUGUGAUAGCUCCAAAAGUUGAUGUUGAAGUUCCAGAUGUAGACAUUGACGGCAAAGGUGGGAAAAUUAAGGGCCCCAAAUUUAAGAUGCCCAGCAUCUCAGUGCCAAAGGUGUCAAUGCCCGAUUUAGACUUGCAAAUGAAAGGACCUAAAGUAGAAGGUGACGUAGAUGUCUCUCUUCCAAAGGCUGAUGUUGAGUUGCCCAGCGGCAACAUUAAAAUCAAAGCCCCUGACGUUGACAUUGAAGGUCCAAAGGGAGGUUUUAAAAUGCCCAAAUUCAAGAUGCCAGCAUUUGGGGCGAGCGGUGGAAAAGUUGAAAUGCCAGACGUAGACCUUGAUGUGAAAGCACCAAAAGUUGAUGUUGAAGUUCCAGAUGUUGACCUUGAAGGUCCUGACGGGAAGUUUAAAAUGCCCAAAAUCAAGAUGCCAGCAUUUGGGGCGAGCGGUGGAAAAGUUGAAAUGCCAGACGUAGACCUUGAUGUGAAAGCUCCAAAAGUUGAUGUUGAAGUUCCAGAUGUAGACAUUGAAGGCAAAGGUGGGAAAAUUAAGGGCCUCAAAUUUAAGAUGCCCAGCAUCUCAGUGCCAAAGGUGUCAAUGCCCGAUUUAGACUUUCAAAUGAAAGGACCUAAAGUAGAAGGUGACGUAGAUGUCUCUCUUCCAAAGGCUGAUGUUGAGUUGCCCAGUGGCAACAUUAAAAUCAAAGCCCCAGACGUUGACAUUGAAAGUCCCGAGGGAGGUUUUAAAAUGCCCAAAAUCAAGAUGCCAGCAUUUGGGGCGAGCGGUGGAAAAGUUGAAAUGCCAGACGUGGACCUUGAUGUGAAAGCUCCAAAAGUUGAUGUUGAAGUUCCAGAUGUAGACAUUGAAGGCAAAGGUGGGAAAAUUAAGGGCCCCAAAUUUAAGAUGCCAAGCAUUUCAGUGCCAAAGGUGUCAAUGCCCGAUUUAGAUUUGCAAAUGAAAGGACCUAAAGUAGAAGGUGACGUAGAUGUCUCUCUUCCAAAGGCUGAUGUUGAGUUGCCCAGUGGCAACAUUAAAAUCAAAGCCCCCGACGUUGACCUUGAAGGUCCUGACGGGAAGUUUAAAAUGCCCAAAAUCAAGAUGCCAGCAUUUGGGGCGAGCGGUGGAAAGGUUGAAAUGCCAGACGUAGACCUUGAUGUGAAAGCACCAAAAGUUGAUGUUGAAGUUCCAGAUGUAGACAUUGAAGGCAAAGGUGGGAAAAUUAAGGGCCCCAAAUUUAAGAUGCCCAGCAUCUCAGUGCCAAAGGUGUCAAUGCCCGAUUUAGACUUUCAAAUGAAAGGACCUAAAGUAGAAGGUGACGUAGAUGUCUCUCUUCCAAAGGCUGAUGUUGAGUUGCCCAGCGGCAACAUUAAAAUCAAAGCCCCGGACGUUGACAUUGAAAGUCCCGAGGGAGGUUUUAAAAUGCCCAAAAUCAAGAUGCCAGCAUUUGGGGCGAGCGGUGGAAAAGUUGAAAUGCCAGACGUAGACCUUGAUGUGAAAGCUCCAAAAGUUGAUGUUGAAGUUCCAGAUGUAGACAUUGAAGGCAAAGGUGGGAAAAUUAAGGGCCCCAAAUUUAAGAUGCCCAGCAUUUCAGUGCCAAAGGUGUCAAUGCCCGAUUUAGACUUGCAAAUGAAAGGACCUAAAGUAGAAGGUGACGUAGAUAUCUCACUGGCAAGUCCAAAGGCAGAAAUUGACACUCCAGAUGUCACAGUUGAAUCACCUGAGAUCGUCACAAAGAAAAGCAAGUUCAAAAUGCCCAAGUUUGGAAUCAAAAGUCCAAAGAUUAAGUCACCUGACGUUAACGUUGAUGCUGAUUUGGGCAUCAAAGUGAAAACAAAAAGUUCAGAGGGUCUCGAUGUUGAUCUGAGUGUGAACAAACCAAAAGUGAAGGGGUCCAAAUUUAAGCUCCCAAAAUUUGGUUUUAAAGUUCCGAAGUUGGAAAUGCCAGAUGUUGAUAUAAACCUGCCAAAGGCAGAUCUUCAUGUCGACAAUGGAGAACUGUCCCUUCCGAAAGGGCCAGGGGUGGAUGUCAAUCUUCCAAGUGCUAAGAUUGAUGUGAAAUCCCCUGAUCUUGAAAUAAAGGCUCCAAGUAUGCCCAAAGUGUCAAUGCCUGAUGUAGACUUGCCUAGUUCGGAUAUCAAAAUGAAAGCCCCAGAAGUUGACUUUCAAGGACCAGAGAGUGGGUUUACAUUGCCCAAGAUUAAAAUGCCACAUUUUGACAUUGGUGGGUCAGAGGUGGACGGUCCAGAGGUUGAUGUUAAUCUUCCAAAGGCCAAGAUUGAUGUCAAAGCUCCAGAACUUGACAUUGACAUUAAUGGCCCUGAUGCAAACAUCAAAGGUCCCAAAUUCAAUCUACCAUCUGUAAAAGUACCCACACUACCUGGUUUCGACGUCAGUCUAAGAGGACCAAAGGUGAAGGGAGAUGCAGACCUUUCUCUGUCAACAACAAAGGUGGACAUAAAAACUCCAAAAGUUGAGGGUGAGUUGCCAGACCUUUCUAUUGAUGCUGACAAACCUGGCUUCAAAAUGCCAAAGUUCAGCAUGCCUAAAUUUGGAACAAAGGGCCCCAGUAUUCAAGGGCCAGAAAUUGACGCCAGUCUUCCAAGUGGUAAAGUUGAUGUGAAUUUGCCUGAAGUGGACAUAAAGGGCCCCAGUCUGGAGGUCGAGAGUCCAAGUGGAAAAAUCAAAGGACCUAAAUUCAAGAUGCCAAAUAUUUCAGGGCCAAAGAUUUCCAUGCCUGAUGUCGACUUUAAUUUGAAAGGUCCCAACCUUAAAGGUGGUGUUGAUGUGUCUGUUCCAAAGGCAGAGGGAGAAAUCAAUGUACCAGGUGUUGAGGUUUCAGGCCCUGAACUUGACAUGAAAGGAACUGAAGGUGGGUUUAAAAUGCCCAAGAUUAAAAUGCCACAUUUUGACAUCAGUGGGCCAAAGGUGGAGGGUCCUGAGGUUGAUGUCAAUCUGCCAAAGGCUGGCAUUGAUGUUGAAGUCCCAGAUGUAGAUGUUGAUGUGAAAGGUCCUGAUGCGAACAUCAAAGGUCCCAAAUUCAGUCUACCAUCCAUUAAAUCAGCCACAUUGCCUGGUUUCGACAUCAAUCUGAAAGGACCAAAGGGAGAAAUAAAAACACCAAAAGUUGAGGGUGAGUUACCAGACCUUUCCAUUGACGCUGAUAAACCUGGCUUCAAAAUGCCAAAGUUCAGCAUGCCUAAAUUUGGAACAAAGGGCCCCAGUAUUCAAGGGCCAGAAAUUGAUGCCAGUCUUCCAAGUGGCAAAGUUGAUGUGAAUUUGCCUGAAGUGGACAUAAAGGGACCCAGUGUAGAGGUUGAGAGUCCAAGUGGAAAAAUCAAAGGACCUAAAUUCAAGAUGCCAAAUAUUUCAGGGCCAAAGAUUUCCAUGCCUGACGUCGACUUUGAUUUGAAAGGUCCCAACCUUAAAGGUGGUGUUGAUGUGUCUGUUCCAAAGGCAGAGGGAGAAAUCAAUGUACCAGGUGUUGAGGUUUCAGGCCCUGAAUUUGACAUUAAAGGAAGUGAUGGUGGAAUCAAAAUGCCCAAGAUUAAAAUGCCACAUUUUGGCUUAGGUGGGCCAAAGGUGGAGGGUCCUGAGGUUGAUGUCAAUCUGCCAAAGGCUGGCAUUGAUGUUGAAGUCCCAGAUGUAGAUGUUGAUGUGAAAGGCCCUGAUGCGAACAUCAAAGGUCCCAAAUUCAGUCUACCAUCCAUUAAAUCACCUACAUUGCCUGGUUUCGACAUCAAUCUGAAAGGACCAAAGGGAGAAAUAAAAACACCAAAAGUUGAGGGUGAGUUACCAGACCUUUCCAUUGACGCUGAUAAACCUGGCUUCAAACUGCCAAAGUUCAGCAUGCCUAGAUUUGGAAUGAAGGGCCCCAGUAUUCAAGGGCCAGAAAUUGAUGCCAGUCUUCCAAGUGGUAAAGUUGAUGUGAAUUUGCCUGAAGUGGACAUAAAGGGACCCAGUGUGGAGGUCGAGAGUCCAAGUGGAAAAAUCAAAGGACCUAAAUUCAAGAUGCCAAAUAUUUCAGGGCCAAAGAUUUCCAUGCCUGAUGUUAACUUUGAUUUGAAAGGUCCCAACCUUAAAGGUGGUGUUGAUGUGUCUGUUCCAAAGGCAGAGGGAGAAAUCAAUGUACCAGGUGUUGAGGUUUCAGGCCCUGAACUUGACAUUAAAGGAAGUGAUGGUGGAAUCAAAAUGCCCAAGAUUAAAAUGCCACAUUUUAGCUUAGGUGGGCCAAAGGUGGAGGGUCCUGAGGUUGAUGUCAAUCUGCCAAAGGCUGGCAUUGAUGUCGAAGUCCCAGACAUAGAUGUUGAUGUGAAAGGCCCUGAUGCAAACAUCAAAGGUCCCAAAUUCAGUCUACCAUCCAUUAAAUCAGCCACAUUGCCUGGUUUCGACAUCAAUCUGAAAGGACCAAAGGGAGAAAUAAAAACACCAAAAGUUGAGGGUGAGUUACCAGAUCUUUCCAUUGACGCUGAUAAACCUGGCUUCAAAAUGCCAAAGUUCAGCAUGCCUAGAUUUGGAACAAAGGGCCACAGUAUUCAAGGGCCAGAAAUUGACGCCAGUCUUCCAAGUGGUAAAGUUGAUGUGAAUUUGCCUGAAAUGGACAUAAAGGGCCCCAGCGUGGAGGUCGAGAGUCCAAGUGGAAAAAUCAAAGGACCUAAAUUCAAGAUGCCAAAUAUUUCAGGGCCAAAGAUUUCCAUGCCUGAUGUUAACUUUGAUUUGAAAGGUCCCAACCUUAAAGGUGGUGUUGAUGUGUCUGUUCCAAAGGCAGAGGGAGAAAUCAAUGUACCAGGUGUUGAGGUUUCAGGCCCUGAAUUUGACAUUAAAGGAAGUGAUGGUGGAAUCAAAAUGCCCAAGAUUAAAAUGCCACAUUUUAGCUUAGGUGGGCCAAAGGUGGAGGGUCCUGAGGUUGAUGUCAAUCUGCCAAAGGCUGGCAUUGAUGUCGAAGUCCCAGACAUAGAUGUUGAUGUGAAAGGCCCUGAUGCAAACAUCAAAGGUCCCAAAUUCAGUCUACCAUCCAUUAAAUCACCCACAUUGCCUGGUUUCGACAUCAAUCUGAAAGGACCAAAGGGAGAAAUAAAAACACCAAAAGUUGAGGGUGAGUUACCAGACCUUUCCAUUGACGCUGAUAAACCUGGCUUCAAACUGCCAAAGUUCAGCAUGCCUAGAUUUGGAAUGAAGGGCCCCAGUAUUCAAGGGCCAGAAAUUGAUGCCAGUCUUCCAAGUGGUAAAGUUGAUGUGAAUUUGCCUGAAGUGGACAUAAAGGGACCCAGUGUGGAGGUCGAGAGUCCAAGUGGAAAAAUCAAAGGACCUAAAUUUAAGAUGCCAAAUAUUUCCGGGCCAAAGAUUUCCAUGCCUGAUGUUAACUUUGAUUUGAAAGGUCCCAACCUUAAAGGUGGUGUUGAUGUGUCUGUUCCAAAGGCAGAGGGAGAAAUCAAUGUACCAGGUGUUGAGGUUUCAGGCCCUGAACUUGACAUUAAAGGAAGUGAUGGUGGAAUCAAAAUGCCCAAGAUUAAAAUGCCACAUUUUAGCUUAGGUGGGCCAAAGGUGGAGGGUCCUGAGGUUGAUGUCAAUCUGCCAAAGGCUGGCAUUGAUGUCGAAGUCCCAGACAUAGAUGUUGAUGUGAAAGGCCCUGAUGCAAACAUCAAAGGUCCCAAAUUCAGUCUACCAUCCAUUAAAUCAGCCACAUUGCCUGGUUUCGACAUCAAUCUGAAAGGACCAAAGGGAGAAAUAAAAACACCAAAAGUUGAGGGUGAGUUACCAGACCUUUCCAUUGACGCUGAUAAACCUGGCUUCAAAAUGCCAAAGUUCAGCAUGCCUAGAUUUGGAAUGAAGGGCCCCAGUAUUCAAGGGCCAGAAAUUGAUGCCAGUCUUCCAAGUGGUAAAGUUGAUGUGAAUUUGCCUGAAGUGGACAUAAAGGGACCCAGUGUGGAGGUCGAGAGUCCAAGUGGAAAAAUCAAAGGACCUAAAUUCAAGAUGCCAAAUAUUUCAGGGCCAAAGAUUUCCAUGCCUGAUGUCGACUUUGAUUUGAAAGGUCCCAACCUUAAAGGUGGUGUUGAUGUGUCUGUUCCAAAGGCAGAGGGAGAAAUCAAUGUACCAGGUGUUGAGGUUUCAGGCCCUGAACUUGACAUUAAAGGAAGUGAUGGUGGAAUCAAAAUGCCCAAGAUUAAAAUGCCACAUUUUAGCUUAGGUGGGCCAAAGGUGGAGGGUCCUGAGGUUGAUGUCAAUCUGCCAAAGGCUGGCAUUGAUGUCGAAGUCCCAGACAUAGAUGUUGAUGUGAAAGGCCCUGAUGCAAACAUCAAAGGUCCCAAAUUCAGUCUGCCAUCCAUUAAAUCACCCACAUUGCCUGGUUUCGACAUCAAUCUGAAAGGACCAAAGGGAGAAAUAAAAACACCAAAAGUUGAGGGUGAGUUACCAGAUCUUUCCAUUGACGCUGAUAAACCUGGCUUCAAAAUGCCAAAGUUCAGCAUGCCUAGAUUUGGAAUGAAGGGCCCCAGUAUUCAAGGGCCAGAAAUUGAUGCCAGUCUUCCAAGUGGUAAAGUUGAUGUGAAUUUGCCUGAAGUGGACAUAAAGGGACCCAGUGUAGAGGUUGAGAGUCCAAGUGGAAAAAUCAAAGGACCUAAAUUCAAGAUGCCAAAUAUUUCAGGGCCAAAGAUUUCCAUGCCUGAUGUCGACUUUGAUUUGAAAGGUCCCAACCUUAAAGGUGGUGUUGAUGUGUCUGUUCCAAAGGCAGAGGGAGAAAUCAAUGUACCAGGUGUUGAGGUUUCAGGCCCUGAACUUGACAUGAAAGGAACUGAAGGUGGGUUUAAAAUGCCCAAGAUUAAAAUGCCACAUUUUGACAUCAGUGGGCCAAAGGUGGAGGGUCCUGAGGUUGAUGUCAAUCUGCCAAAGGCUGGCAUUGAUGUUGAAGUCCCAGAUGUAGAUGUUGAUGUGAAAGGUCCUGAUGCGAACAUCAAAGGUCCCAAAUUCAGUCUACCAUCCAUUAAAUCACCCACAUUGCCUGGUUUCGACAUCAAUCUGAAAGGACCAAAGGGAGAAAUAAAAACACCAAAAGUUGAGGGUGAGUUACCAGAUCUUUCCAUUGACGCUGAUAAACCUGGCUUCAAACUGCCAAAGUUCAGCAUGCCUAAAUUUGGAAUGAAGGGCCCCAAUAUUCAAGGGCCAGAAAUUGACGCCAGUCUUCCAAGUGGUAAAGUUGAUGUGAAUUUGCCUGAAGUGGACAUAAAGGGACCCAGUGUGGAGGUCGAGAGUCCAAGUGGAAAAAUCAAAGGACCUAAAUUCAAGAUGCCAAACAUUUCAGGGCCAAAGAUUUCCAUGCCUGAUGUUAACUUUGAUUUGAAAGGUCCCAACCUUAAAGGUGGUGUUGAUGUGUCUGUUCCAAAGGCAGAGGGAGAAAUCAAUGUACCAGGUGUUGAGGUUUCAGGCCCUGAACUUGACAUUAAAGGAAGUGAUGGUGGAAUCAAAAUGCCCAAGAUUAAAAUGCCACAUUUUAGCUUAGGUGGGCCAAAGGUGGAGGGUCCUGAGGUUGAUGUCAAUCUGCCAAAGGCUGGCAUUGAUGUUGAAGUCCCAGACAUAGAUGUUGAUGUGAAAGGCCCUGAUGCAAACAUCAAAGGUCCCAAAUUCAGUCUGCCAUCCAUUAAAUCACCCACAUUGCCUGGUUUCGACAUCAAUCUGAAAGGACCAAAGGGAGAAAUAAAAACACCAAAAGUUGAGGGUGAGUUACCAGAUCUUUCCAUUGACGCUGAUAAACCUGGCUUCAAAAUGCCAAAGUUCAGCAUGCCUAGAUUUGGAAUGAAGGGCCCCAGUAUUCAAGGGCCAGAAAUUGAUGCCAGUCUUCCAAGUGGUAAAGUUGAUGUGAAUUUGCCUGAAGUGGACAUAAAGGGACCCAGUGUGGAGGUCGAGAGUCCAAGUGGAAAAAUCAAAGGACCUAAAUUCAAGAUGCCAAAUAUUUCAGGGCCAAAGAUUUCCAUGCCUGAUGUCGACUUUGAUUUGAAAGGUCCCAACCUUAAAGGUGGUGUUGAUGUGUCUGUUCCAAAGGCAGAGGGAGAAAUCAAUGUACCAGGUGUUGAGGUUUCAGGCCCUGAACUUGACAUUAAAGGAAGUGAUGGUGGAAUCAAAAUGCCCAAGAUUAAAAUGCCACAUUUUAGCUUAGGUGGGCCAAAGGUGGAGGGUCCUGAGGUUGAUGUCAAUCUGCCAAAGGCUGGCAUUGAUGUCGAAGUCCCAGACAUAGAUGUUGAUGUGAAAGGCCCUGAUGCAAACAUCAAAGGUCCCAAAUUCAGUCUGCCAUCCAUUAAAUCACCCACAUUGCCUGGUUUCGACAUCAAUCUGAAAGGACCAAAGGGAGAAAUAAAAACACCAAAAGUUGAGGGUGAGUUACCAGAUCUUUCCAUUGACGCUGAUAAACCUGGCUUCAAACUGCCAAAGUUCAGCAUGCCUAGAUUUGGAAUGAAGGGCCCCAGUAUUCAAGGGCCAGAAAUUGAUGCCAGUCUUCCAAGUGGUAAAGUUGAUGUGAAUUUGCCUGAAGUGGACAUAAAGGGACCCAGUGUAGAGGUUGAGAGUCCAAGUGGAAAAAUCAAAGGACCUAAAUUCAAGAUGCCAAAUAUUUCAGGGCCAAAGAUUUCCAUGCCUGAUGUCGACUUUGAUUUGAAAGGUCCCAACCUUAAAGGUGGUGUUGAUGUGUCUGUUCCAAAGGCAGAGGGAGAAAUCAAUGUACCAGGUGUUGAGGUUUCAGGCCCUGAACUUGACAUGAAAGGAACUGAAGGUGGGUUUAAAAUGCCCAAGAUUAAAAUGCCACAUUUUGACAUCAGUGGGCCAAAGGUGGAGGGUCCUGAGGUUGAUGUCAAUCUGCCAAAGGCUGGCAUUGAUGUUGAAGUCCCAGAUGUAGAUGUUGAUGUGAAAGGUCCUGAUGCGAACAUCAAAGGUCCCAAAUUCAGUCUACCAUCCAUUAAAUCACCCACAUUGCCUGGUUUCGACAUCAAUCUGAAAGGACCAAAGGGAGAAAUAAAAACACCAAAAGUUGAGGGUGAGUUACCAGACCUUUCCAUUGACGCUGAUAAACCUGGCUUCAAACUGCCAAAGUUCAGCAUGCCUAAAUUUGGAAUGAAGGGCCCCAAUAUUCAAGGGCCAGAAAUUGACGCCAGUCUUCCAAGUGGUAAAGUUGAUGUGAAUUUGCCUGAAGUGGACAUAAAGGGACCCAGUGUGGAGGUCGAGAGUCCAAGUGGAAAAAUCAAAGGACCUAAAUUCAAGAUGCCAAACAUUUCAGGGCCAAAGAUUUCCAUGCCUGAUGUUAACUUUGAUUUGAAAGGUCCCAACCUUAAAGGUGGUGUUGAUGUGUCUGUUCCAAAGGCAGAGGGAGAAAUCAAUGUACCAGGUGUUGAGGUUUCAGGCCCUGAACUUGACAUUAAAGGAAGUGAUGGUGGAAUCAAAAUGCCCAAGAUUAAAAUGCCACAUUUUAGCUUAGGUGGGCCAAAGGUGGAGGGUCCUGAGGUUGAUGUCAAUCUGCCAAAGGCUGGCAUUGAUGUUGAAGUCCCAGACAUAGAUGUUGAUGUGAAAGGCCCUGAUGCAAACAUCAAAGGUCCCAAAUUCAGUCUGCCAUCCAUUAAAUCACCCACAUUGCCUGGUUUCGACAUCAAUCUGAAAGGACCAAAGGGAGAAAUAAAAACACCAAAAGUUGAGGGUGAGUUACCAGACCUUUCCAUUGACGCUGAUAAACCUGGCUUCAAACUGCCAAAGUUCAGCAUGCCUAGAUUUGGAAUGAAGGGCCCCAGUAUUCAAGGGCCAGAAAUUGAUGCCAGUCUUCCAAGUGGUAAAGUUGAUGUGAAUUUGCCUGAAGUGGACAUAAAGGGACCCAGUGUAGAGGUCGAGAGUCCAAGUGGAAAAAUCAAAGGACCUAAAUUCAAGAUGCCAAAUAUUUCAGGGCCAAAGAUUUCCAUGCCUGAUGUCGACUUUGAUUUGAAAGGUCCCAACCUUAAAGGUGGUGUUGAUGUGUCUGUUCCAAAGGCAGAGGGAGAAAUCAAUGUACCAGGUGUUGAGGUUUCAGGCCCUGAACUUGACAUGAAAGGAACUGAAGGUGGGUUUAAAAUGCCCAAGAUUAAAAUGCCACAUUUUGACAUCAGUGGGCCAAAGGUGGAGGGUCCUGAGGUUGAUGUCAAUCUGCCAAAGGCUGGCAUUGAUGUUGAAGUCCCAGAUGUAGAUGUUGAUGUGAAAGGUCCUGAUGCGAACAUCAAAGGUCCCAAAUUCAGUCUACCAUCCAUUAAAUCACCCACAUUGCCUGGUUUCGACAUCAAUCUGAAAGGACCAAAGGGAGAAAUAAAAACACCAAAAGUUGAGGGUGAGUUACCAGAUCUUUCCAUUGACGCUGAUAAACCUGGCUUCAAACUGCCAAAGUUCAGCAUGCCUAGAUUUGGAAUGAAGGGCCCCAGUAUUCAAGGGCCAGAAAUUGAUGCCAGUCUUCCAAGUGGUAAAGUUGAUGUGAAUUUGCCUGAAGUGGACAUAAAGGGACCCAGUGUGGAGGUCGAGAGUCCAAGUGGAAAAAUCAAAGGACCUAAAUUCAAGAUGCCAACAAUCUCUGUGCCGAAAGUUUCCAUGCCUGAUGUUGACUUAAAUUUCACAGGUCCCAACCUCACAAGUGGUGUGGACAUGUCAAUUUCAAAGCCAGAGGGAGACUUGGCUGUUUCAGGCUUUGAGAUCUCAGGACCUGAUCUUGGUAUUGAAGGAAGUGAGGGUAAAAUCCAAAUGCCCAAUGUUGAAUCUCGCAUCACCACAAAAAUGCAGGGUCCUGAUGUACAUGUCACUGACCCCAAACUUGAAGGAAACAGUGACAUCACAAUCCCAGGAGUUACGUUCCCUAAAUUCAAGCAUCCCAAAUUUGGAGUAAAGUCACCAGAAUUUGAAGGUCAAGGUGAUAUGUCAAAAGUGGAUGUAAAUCUCCAAGGACCUGAAUUCAAGUCUGAAACCCCAGGUAUUGAUACUAAUAUCAAGGCAAAAACUGGUAAAAUAAAGCUUCCGAAAGGUAAAGGGAAGAUAAAGAAGUCUGAUGUUGAAUUCGAUGGGGAGUUGGAUGCAGGCACCUCUAAUUUAAACGCAAAGGGAACAAAGGCCAAAAAGCCCCUUUUUGGAAAGCUUAAUUUUCCUGAUGUGGAAUUAGACCUCAAGUCACCAAAAUUAAAAGGAGAUGGAUCUUUAUCUGGAGGGCUGAAAUCACCUGAUGCAAAUCUUCCAUCCAUUGGCUUAAAGGGUGCUACGGGUGGGUCGGUCAGUGAAAACGUUGAGCUGUCUUCAGGAGGUUUAGUGGCGGGGAGUGGACACCCCAAUAUCAAAAUGGCAAAUUUAGAAAUGGCUUCCUCUGAUGUUGACGUUUCUGGUGGUUUGAGGGUAAAAGGCAGUCCAAAGUUGGAUUAUAGUCCACCGGGGGUUGAAUUUACUGGCCUGAAAUAUCCAGAGGGUACAGUAACAUUCCCCCAGAUGAAGGUACCAAAGUUUGGGAUUGCACAAGUUGAGGACUUGAAAGACAGUGGAGCAAGUGCGGGUACUGCAUUUCAAGUUGAAAGCAGUUCUCAAAAUAUCAAAAUUCAGGGUCCAGAAAUUAGGCACAGUGAGGGAAAAGUGAAGGUGAAGUUGCCUAGGUUCUUUGGAAAAUCCAAAGCAAAGGGGAGUAGUGUUGGUGACCUCCAGGGACUUGAGGUACAAAUGAGUGGUGAUGGAAAAGGGUUGGUUAGCGGAGAGGGGCCAGAGGUCCAUGGUGGCUUUUCGCCCAAAAGCAAGUCAGCCUCACUCGAUCUUUUCAAGAAAUCAAGACAUCGGUCUUCCUCCUUAAGUGACGAAGGUGGGGCUGUUGGGGUUAGCGCUCACUCAGCUAAUUCAGAAGCAGAGGCUGGUGAUGUUUCAUUUGACAUGACGGGUUCCAAGGGCAAAGCAAAGAAAGGCAAGCUGAAAUUUGGAACCUUCGGUGGCUUUGGUUCCAAAUCUAAGGGUUCUUACGAAGUUACACUUGACGAUGAGGCAGCAACAGAAGGCGGGGCAGGCAUGUCUCUGGCUUCGAAAAAAUCCAGAUUAUCAUCUUCUUCAAGCAGUGACAGUGGCUCAAGGGGUGGUUUCAGGUUUCCGAAACUAGAACUCACUGUCUCGCCCAAAAAAUAAACUGCCAUGGAAACGUCUUCUUACAUGUUGAAACUGUCUCUGCUUAUUUGAUAAAUAUUUCUGCCAUGUUGGUAGAAAUUGCUGCAAUUGUUGUUUCUUCAAGUAAAAAAAAAAAACAUUACUUUGUUAAAAUUAGAUUUAAAUUGUAAAUAAGAUUCAUUAUUGUAAUAAAUAUUGUGUUUUUGUACAUAGUCCAGAUUUAAUGAACAUUUGUCACAAAAGAAUAUAUCAAUUUGUGUUUUCAUCAUGAAUAUUUUGGAUGCAAUGGUGUGGUGUAACUGUUUCUUGGGGUGUCAUUCAUAAAGCAGAAUCUUGAAGGAAACUGUUCAUACAAGUCAACGCAAUUGUAAUCAGUCACAUUUUUAUGUAUAACACAGGUGUAUUGACAAGCUUUAACAAUGUAUAACCAGUGAACACGCAUAUCACCGUCUAUAGACAAUAAAACAUAGACCAUGGUUGAAGAAAUUAGAAGCUCUGUUCUCAGCAAGUCUUUUUUUUUUAUUUACAGUCAAGUUUUUUUUCCCUCUACAAAUUAAUUCUGUCUUGUAAUUCACUUUCAUUCUGUUUUGUUUUUCUGCCACUGUCAGUGUAUACUUGUCUCCAUAAAAUUGUAAAAACAAUGUCUCAAUAAACAGUGCCUUUUCCUGUCAGUUGUUUGCUAACAAAAUCUCUGUCAGAGUUAAAUAUUUUUGAUCACAGAUAGCGGAAAAACAGGAAAUAAAUAUUUGGGAUUGUGUGCAUUCUGCUCAAUAAAAGAUUUGGAAAAUAUCUUA